AUGUUCCGCUAUUGCUUUGGCUUUCUGUAUCAUUUCCAUUCGAUAAUGGGGCUAAUCCCUUUUGAAAUCGACGACCGGCAUAGGGUUCGACGUAGCAAGUACAAACGCCGUUGGUCCCUCACGAUCGCCUGCUGUACAACGGUUUUAGUUUUCUACAGCUUCAGUAUCAUUGCGUUGAGAGGUUCGUUUUGGUCCUCCAAAUACGUAGAUUUCGUUCUCAUUCGUUCGUUAGUGCUUGUCGAGUUUUUCAUCCGAUUCUCGAACGCUUCCCUCUGUUUCUAUCAAAUACUUACGCACGAAGCCGCUCUGUACAGAUACAUCGAUCGAUUCAUUGCGAUCGUACAACGUGUGUGGUGCUGCAGUCGUACGUGUAGCAUGAUCCAUCGAAUGGUGUACAUGCUUGUGGGCAAGGUGUUGCUUAUCGAUAUCGGGAUGUGCACACGGUUUGCGGUAAACAACGGAAUAUAUCUUCCGGAACAGAAUGUGCAUGGAUAUCGUCUAGUGAACAUUUAUGCGGUCAUAAUCAAUGCACAGAUCACGAACCUUAUGCUGCUGAUGCUCCUUUUCGCUUCAUACGCUUAUAGUCGUAUUAACGAGCAGCUGGAUCGCACUGUGCGCAAGAUGGUUUGUUUCGAAACGCACAAUUCGUAUUGGAGCAGACGGAAAGUCUUGCAGCAACAAAUUUGCUGCGACGCAAGCGAUACAAUCGAUCGACACUGUUCGCUGCAUCAGGAGUUAAGCGAGAUCGUACAGGGGAUGUUUACGAUUUUCCAAAUUCCUCUCUUACUCAUUAACCUAAAUCAAUUCCUUGCAAUAGUUUCUAGGAUUUACUUUGUCUGUAUAACAAAAGCACAACAUGAUAAUGACUUUUUAUCCUACCAUCGAUUUUCCAACUCUGUCCUGUUCCUUUGCUUCGAGGCUGCUCAAUGUUUCCUUUUAGCAUUAGGAUCGUCCACUGUCACGAAACAGGCUCGCUCACCAGGAAUCACGCUGAACGCAUUUAUUAACGCACCGCUAGAUACGCGAGCAGAACGGAGCAUCGAGAUAUUUGGUCUUGCCAUGUUGGCCUCUGACCUAAGAAUCCAAGUCGCUGGAUUGUACGUGUUGGAUCUAGUGUUUCUGUUUUCGCUAAUCACAACGGUGAAUAUGUAUCUCAUCGUGCUGAUACAAUUCCAACUAAACACCUAUUAG